UUGGUCUAGAUUCACGCCAUACAUAUGCUUCUCUCUCUUUUAGUUAACUUUCUCUCACUUGUCGGUGUAGACUUACAGAGAGAAAGGGAUCUCACAGCUUCUCCACUCUAAGCCACACGCUUCACCUUCCUUCGACGUUAAAACAAAACCAACCUCUCUCUAAUUUCUUAUUAGGGUUCCAUUCCGAUCUAAGGAAAUGCAACCGCUUCUCGCUGAAUUGCUCAAACGUCGUCGUUCUGAACAGUAGCUGUAUUGCUGGUGAUUUAUGCUGGAAUUGGAGUUUGGUUUAUUCAAGUGUAUGAAGGAAUUGGUGAGACAUUUGCGCUGGGAUUUUAGUUUGGUUAUUCGGAGCAGAGGUAGAUGGGGCAAAUGCGGCUGAUUCCUUCUUCUUCUUCUUCUUGUUAUUGAGAUAGCUCGAGACGGAUAUUUUUUUUCAAUUCUUUAUUUGAUCUCAGUCGGCUUAAAACGCCGUCGUUUUGAUCCACUGCGUGUGUUUUUUAAUUGAAAUUUUGGCAGCUCUGAAAUGCAGCAGCAGCAGCAAGAUCAAAGGAAGAAGAAUUCAGCAGAGAUGGAUUUCUUCUCCGAGUAUGGUGACGCCAAUAGGUACAAAAUUCAAGAAGUUAUUGGAAAAGGCAGUUAUGGAGUUGUUUGUUCAGCAAUUGACACUCACACUGGUGAAAAAGUGGCAAUAAAGAAAAUACAUGAUAUUUUUGAACACAUUUCAGACGCUGCUCGUAUUCUUCGUGAGAUAAAGCUGCUUAGACUACUAAGACACCCUGAUAUUGUGGAGAUUAAACAUGUUAUGCUCCCACCGUCAAGAAGGGAGUUUAAAGAUAUUUAUGUUGUCUUUGAGCUAAUGGAGUCGGAUCUACAUCAAGUUAUAAAAGCCAAUGAUGACUUGACCCGAGAGCAUUAUCAGUUUUUUCUUUAUCAGCUUCUUCGUGCUUUAAAGUAUAUCCACACAGCAAAUGUCUAUCACCGAGAUUUAAAACCUAAGAAUAUUUUGGCAAAUGCGAAUUGUAAACUUAAAAUUUGUGAUUUUGGACUAGCAAGAGUUGCUUUCAAUGAUACACCCACAACAAUAUUUUGGACGGAUUAUGUUGCUACACGAUGGUAUAGAGCUCCUGAACUCUGUGGAUCAUUUUACUCAAAAUAUACCCCAGCAAUUGAUAUAUGGAGCAUAGGCUGCAUCUUUGCUGAAGUACUAACUGGGAAACCACUCUUUCCUGGAAAAAAUGUUGUUCACCAGCUGGAUUUGAUGACAGACCUGCUCGGUACUCCAUCACUAGAUACAAUAUCAAGAGUUCGAAAUGAAAAGGCAAGGAGAUACUUAACAAGCAUGAGGAAAAAGCAGCCUGUGUCAUUUGCACAGAAAUUUCCAAAUGCUGAUCCUUUGGCAUUGCGGCUGCUGGAAAGGCUCCUUGCAUUUGACCCAAAAGACCGACCGACUGCUGAAGAGGCAUUGGCAGAUCCUUAUUUUAAAGGAUUGGCAAAAGUUGAGAGAGAGCCUUCUUGUCAACCAAUAACAAAGAUGGAGUUUGAGUUUGAGAGGCGGAGAGUUACAAAGGAGGACAUACGAGAGCUAAUUUUCCGAGAGAUACUGGAAUACCAUCCUCAAUUGCUUAAGGACUAUGUAAAUGGAACUGAGAGGACGAACUUUCUUUACCCAAGUGCUGUUGAUCAAUUUAGAAAGCAAUUUGCACAUCUUGAGGAGAACAAUGGUAAAAGUGGUGCUGUAACUCCUCUUGAAAGAAAGCAUGUAUCUCUUCCUAGGUCUACAAUUCUUCAUUCAAACACGGUUCCUCCUAGAGAACAAACCAUCACUUCCUUGAGAGAUCGGCCGUCUGUAGACGAAACAUAUAACAAUAAUUCCCGGGAUUCUGGGGGAAUUCAUGUAAAUAUAUCAGCCCUGCAAUCACAACAAAGAAUUCCGCUUGAUAAAUUAGGAAAAGCUGGUGGGCCAGUUGCUGCAUAUAACAAUGGAAGUAUAAUGAAAGAUGCGUAUGACCCUAGAACAUAUGUCAGAGGCAGUGUCGUCCCUCAGGCUGCCGUUCCUUCAUUUGCCUACCAAAAACUGAGCGGUGCGAAGCAAGAAAGAUCUACAUUUGAAACUCAGGGGGACAUGUCUUCACAAAAACAAGUACAACAAUGCGGUAUGGGAACGAAUAUAGGGGCUCGAUUUGCACCAGAUAUAGCGAUCAACAUUGACUCCAACCCCUUUUUUAUGACCCGGGCGGGGAUGAAUAAGGUAGAACAUAUUGAUGAUAGAAUUACAAUCAAUGCGAGCUUGUUGCAGGCCAAGGGUCAGUAUGGCGGAAUUGGUACUGCUGCUUCUGCUACAACUGCUGCCGUACAUAGAAAAGCGGGACUAUUCAAUGUGGCAUGAGAAAGCUAUAUUAACGGACCAAGGAGUUGCGAGUCUCCAUAACAAUUUAUGAGAUCGUCUAAUCAUUAGGUUUUAUCAUGAGAUCGUGAAAAUCAUACUCAAAUGUAUAUUAUUGAAUUUAUGUUUGAACAUCGAGAAAAAAAGAAAAAUAAAAAUUAAAAGAUAAACAUUAGCGUGCACAUGAUGGAGCCCUUUUUCUGGCUUGGUUUUUGGGGGCUGCUUUAAAAUUAAAUACGAACCUUUAAUGGAAUGAAAAUAAUUUCAAAUGCUUCAUAUAGCAAAAAUUGUUAGCUCCGGCAGUGGAUUUGUUGGUUUAAAUUUACACCAGCAGUAGCAGAAUUACUUGUAAGAUGCUAUAAUUUCCUAAUCGUUCAUAUUUUACAAUUAUUUACGUUCAUA